CACAAAUCGAACUACCCUAGUCUUCCUCUCGAUUUUGACCUGCCCUGCCUGCGCAAACCCCCUGUCACUCAAGCGAGGGCAACUGCACGUCACCGCUCCGGCUCACGCUCAACCAACUCACUCCCCACCCCGCCAUGCAGGAACACAGUCGCGGGCCUGUCCAGAGUCACGAUGCGGAAAACAAUACUGCUCUGCUUCAUUCACGGGUUUAAGGGCGGCGACGAUACGUUUGGGAACUUCCCGUCCCAUCUGAAAGCUCUUCUUCAACACGCGCUACCCAAGGUUACGGUGCUGACGGUUACGUAUCCAAAGUAUGAGACGAGGGGAGACUUGACCGAGUGUGUUGCGAGGUUUAGAGAGUGGCUCGAAAACAAAGUCAUUGAUCUCGAGGUCGCGAAUUUGACUCCCUCACCUACUGUCGACCCUUCCGUUCGUACUAUCCUCAUCGGCCACUCUAUGGGCGGCAUUGUGGCUGCGGAAACGCUGCUCUCGAUCGUUGGGGAGCAACCUAUCCACUCACCUCAAGACUCGCAGUCACAGUCAUCACUCUCCGAUCACUCGGCACUCAUGUUUCCAUACAUCCAAGGUAUCCUGGCGUUUGAUACGCCGUAUAUCGGCAUUGCGCCUGGCGUGGUAGCUCACGGCGCAGAGAAGCAUUGGAGCACGGCGAGUCAGGCCUACUCAACGUACUCGAACCUUGCGGGAGCAUUUGGCUGGGGCAACAAAGACACGACGGCUGGCACGAUUGACACGAGCAGAAUGAUCACUGCACCUCCACCGUCGGCCAGUGACGAUGCGGCAUCAGCACCUCUAUGGCAGCGGUACGGUCGCGUAGCCAUGUUUGCCGGCGCAGCAGGCGCCAUCGCAGCAGGUGGUGCCGCGGCCUACAUGAAGCGCGAAGUCAUAUCCGAGGGUGUCUCCUGGGCAACUUCGCACCUCGAGUUUGUUGGUGUGCUCGCCCGGCCUGAGGAAAUGAGGAAACGACUCGCAAAUGUCAUCAACUUGACAACAACAAACGACCUGGGCUUCACGAAUCUUUACACAACACUUGGUCACACCAUCAAUUCACAGAACAAACAGUCCUGGACGGGAAAUGUGCCGGGCAUUGACCGCACGUUUUGCAACCUGCCAAAAGGGGAGAUUAGACGGUUUUGGAUGCCUGCGGUCAAUGACAAGGUUACUGCGGAGACCGACGCGCAUAUGAACAUGUUCGAGCCAAGGAACAAUCCAGGUUACUAUACACUGAGUGAGACAGCUAAGGAAAAGCUCAUUGAGUGGGCGGAGAACGAGUGGUAUGAGGAGAGUGAAGGGCGGUUAAUGGGCCCGGCCGAGGAGGAAGCUGAGUUGGUAGAAAGAGUGGAUGUUGACGAUAGCAUGGACGGGGCGGAAGAAGAAAGACGAGAGCAGGGCGAAGAUUAAGAAGGACCAAGAAAAGGAGACGAAGGAGCAGAAGCAGGAGGCUAAAACAUAGAAGGAGUCGUGAUGGAAGGAUAGAGGCUUUAAUGUAUGAUUGCCUAUAUGGGUAAAUGGCAUUCAGUGAUAUCGAAAUUUCAUCAUCCGGUUCGAAUGCUCG